AUGGCAAACCAACAAUACUCGCUUAAAUGGAACGACUAUACAACAUACAUUUCUGCCACAUUAGAUGCGUUCCGACACGAGGAGGAUUUGGUUGAUGUGACGCUUGUUUGCGAAGGGCGCAAAAUUCGCGCGCACAAGCUGCUACUAUCGGCGUGCAGUAUCUACUUCAAAGAUAUUUUUAAGGAGAAUUCCUGUCAGCAUCCAACCAUCGUCUUCAAGAAUGUCAAGUACAUCGAUCUCCUAUCCGUAGUCGAGUUUAUGUAUCGAGGAGAAGUAAGUGUUUCCGAAGACUCGCUACCUUCCUUCAUCCAAACGGUCGAAAUGUUAUCCGUUCGGGGUCUAUCUGAUAUAAAUACGCCCAGUUCACCAAUGGCCCCAAUUAACGGUCAACCAACGUCCACACCGGCACAGCAUAUACUGCCUUCGCAAAAUGCAACUAGCGCUGCAAUGGCUACAAUCGACGGGCUUUCGAAUUCUACAGUCACGCCACAAGUUGACAUGAAAUCGCAUUCUGCUACCAACCACCAGUUGGUCUCUAAAGCAAAUUUUAAAUUAAACGACGAUCCUGGUACAGUUGGCAGUGCCAUAGUUACACAAAUACAAUCGCUACAAAGGCAACAUCAAUCGGAACGUUCUAUUGCGGUAACAAUGGCACAAACUCCAAUCGCCUGCCAGGACACACGAGGUCAAGCUAACCAAUCGCCAUGUGAUCUCCAAGAACUCGUUAAAAACGCAGUAUCAACGGAUCAAUCGAACAAGACGAAUCACAGCGUGAUGGAAAACCAAUUGCCUGGCCCAGCUGAACAGCUGGCAACUCCGGAUGCCAUUCAGGCAAUGACACUUCACACACUAGACAUAGACACGUCAUGCCCACCUCACGACCAAGGUGAUGAAGUGCAAAUGUACCAGCCCACUUCAAAGGAACAGGAACAAACUCUGUCCUUUGCAGAAUCCGUACCACCGGACAAUACAGCAGUUAAGGGUAAAAUAACGAAUUUUUUUGACGUUGGCAAGGGCAUGAAGCAGUCGAACGACGAUGGUGACCCAUUGCCUCAACAGGAAGACUUUGAAAUGGUGGAGGAAUCUAUUGGUGAACAGCACAAACAAGAUGAUGGGACAGAACAAAAUAGUUAUGAAAUGGAUGCUGUGGACAUAGACGGGAUAUCGGAAAUCAAAACAAUAUCUAAGGAGCGCACAAUAGAGUUGGUCGAAAAAGUCAAGGUAGACAAGAAAUUCAAAUGCAAGGAAUGUGACAAGAGUUAUGUCAAUGGGAAAUCCCUCUCAAUGCAUCGCCAAAUUCACAGUGGUCACACCAAGUGCAUAAUUUGCGGCACGGUGCUGUCGCGUAGGGCUAACCUGAAGCGCCACAUGAAGCUAAAACACGAGCCUUGA